AUGCUUGCCCGCUUCACUCGCCCCGCAGCAGCCUCUCUCCGCCGCACUUUGACCACCGCGUCAAAGCCUCGUGAACGCGUUCGUAUCGUCGAAGUAGGACCUCGAGAUGGGCUGCAAAAUGAGAAGGGUGUCAUCCCACCCAGCAUGAAGGCCGAGCUUAUCAACCGUCUCACCGCUGCGGGGACGGAGAUAAUCGAAGCGGGAAGCUUCGUGAGCCCCAAGUGGGUCCCGCAGAUGGCAGGAACAGCGGAAGUUCUCAAGAUGAUGGACCGGAAACCCGACCUGUACUACCCUGUUCUCGUCCCGAACAUGAAGGGUCUCGAACUUCUCCUCGAUCUCCUCGCCAAGCAGCCCAAGGACGAAGUGCCUCUUGCGAAUGAAGUAGCCGUCUUCACCGCUGCAACAGACGCGUUCUGUAAGGCGAACACAAACUGUACGAUCGCCGAAUCGCUGGAGAGGUUGAAGCCUGUUGCGGAGAAAGCUUUGGAUGCAGGUCUCAGGGUGCGAGGAUACGUGAGCGUCGUAAUUGACUGCCCAUACUCCGGGCAUGUCGACCCGGCCGCCGUGAAGCCCGUAACACAAGCUUUGUUCGACAUGGGCUGCUACGAAGUCAGUCUUGGCGACACAGUGGGGACCGGCAACCCCACCACGGUCAACGAACUACUUCACACAAUGCUUGACAAGACGGGAAUACCCCCGGAGAAGCUAGCUGGCCACUUCCAUGACACGUACGGGAUGGCCGUGGCAAACAUCUUUACCGCACUUGACCACGGGCUCCGCACGUUCGACUCGUCUGUGGGUGGCUUGGGUGGUUGCCCCUACUCGCCGGGCGCGACGGGCAACGUUGCCACCGAAGACGUCCUGUAUGCCCUUCGCGGAACGCGCUUCGACGUUCCAGGUAAUUUGGAAGCUCUCGCCGAAGUCGGAUCUUGGAUCUCCAAGGCUCUAAACAAGCCCAAUGCUAGUCGGGUUGGCAAAGCGUUGGAAGCGAGGCGCGAGCGGGAGGGGGUUAUGAAAGCCAAGUUGUAG